CGGUCACACUGCAGACAAGAAAAUCGUCGACAAUAACGCGAUAGCGGGGGCAGGGAGGAGAGCGAUCGCCGUCCUUCGCCUUUUGAGGAUUCGAUUCUGCAAUAUCAAGACAAUACAAAAAAAGGAGUAAAACCAGAGUGAUAAAAACUAAAGACAUUUGUGAACUAGUAGCGACCAAGUUAACCCCCGAAAAGCAGCCCCACCUGGGUAGCGAGAUGUGUUAGAGCCACAAUUCCAGGAAAGCAGCGUAUAAACGGUUCCAAGAACUGAACCCACAAAUACACAGAGAGCCAACAAGUGACACGGCCAACAAGGUGUUCUUGUGUGUGUGCGUGCGAGAGAGAGAGAGAGGGAGAGUGCGUCUUGUCGGUGUGCGCGUCUGUGUGAGGGAGAGAGUGAGUUAGUGAGUGAGUGAGAGAGAGCCACCGGGACAGAGUGGAACAUAAUAAACGGCAGAAGCUGGAGAGGAUUAGGAUUAGGAACAUGGCGCCGCAGGUGCAGCUCGGACUGCUCCUCCUGCUGCUCGCCGGCUGCCAUGGUGGCGCACAGGCCGUCGUGGAGCCGGGCUGGCUGAUCCCCGACAAGGUGGAGCUGGCCAUCGGCGGCGACUUCAACAUCAGCUGCACCCUCAACGAGGCCUACUUCCGCGAUGUCAACGCCACGGAGCGCUGCACCGUCGAGGAGCUGUACUUCCAGACCGGCAGCCUGCAGUUCCGCAACGCGACCUACAUCCGGCGGCUGAACAACACCACCAUCCUGUUUAGUGCCCAAAAUGCCUCCGAGCAGGAGCAGGAAUACCUGUGCAUGUGCCGCGACUACGUGAUCAACACCUCGAAGGUGUACGUUGGCACUAGGCCGCUGCUGGUGCGCGACUUCAACUGCCUGGACCACGACUUCCAGUUCAUGGUCUGCAACUUCACCCAGCCGCCCAACAAGGUCAUCACCAAGUACAACAUCAGCUACAACACCAACAACGACUGGCGCUACAGCAACAGCCUGGACUGUAACUUCGAUGCGGCGCCGGUGGUCACCUGCAAUCUGACGGACGACAACUACAAGCGCUUCAGCGAGAUCUUCUACUUCCGCCUGUUCAUCUCCAAUGCCCUGGGCCACGAGAUUCAGCCAAUUACGAUGAACCACUUUGAGCGUUUGGUGCCGGCGCGACCGGGACAAAACCUGACCCUGGUCAACCGGACCGAGAGCUCCGUCUGCCUGUCGUGGGAGAUGCCCCGCCGCUCGAACUACAAUCGCGGCCUGGUCUGGCAGGUGCGCGUCUUGCCGGACAACUUCGAACCCCUCAGCCGACCCAGUUGGCGCAACAACAGCUCCACCAUCAAGGACACCCUCUGCCUCACGGAACUGCCCUUCGCCGGCUACAACUAUACUCUAAAGCUGCGCGUGCGCGCCAACCAAAACAACACGAUGUGGAGCGAGCCGUUGGACUACGAAUUCGCCACCGCUCCGGCUCGUCCACGCCGUCCGCCGCGCGUCACCUACGGCAGCUUCUACGUCUACUCCUCGGAGGAGGGCAUGCGCUUCUACUGGGAGCCUCUGGAGCCGCACGAGCUCAAUGGGCCGAACCCUGGGUACAUCAUCAGCGAGUACAGCGUCAACGGGACCGCCGUAGAUCCGGCCCUUAUCAAGGUGGAGUCCAACUCGGCGAUGAUCGAUCACUGGAACAUGAACGCCGUCCACCACUUUCUCAUCCGCAGCAGCAACAGCGAAGGCGUGUCUGUGAACGCCACCUCGAUGACGAUCGGACCGAUUAGCAACCGCGAUUUCCGCCGGCGGGAGCCGAAGAACAUCCGCAGUGUUUACCACCCCACGAACGAGAGCUACACGCUCAGCUGGGAGCCACCGGAGGACCAGAUGGAGCUGAUGAACUACACCGUGUUCUGGUGCAAGCCCCAACCGGCCCGGCUGUCGGAGUGCAAAGGGUCCAUACGCUUCGCUCAGGUGUCCAGCGGUCUGCAGCAGUUCACUACGGCACGGGACCAGCCCGCACUGCUCAUGGCCGUGUCGGCCAACUAUCGGUCGCACAACACCGGCAUGCACUGGGUGAUCUGCAGCAGCGACAAGAAGGACGAUUUGGCCAAAAUGGAGCCCUCGAUCGAUGUGGCCACCAGCACCACGCUGACGGUCAGUUGGGUCCCCAAGGGCGUGUGCACGGUGAUCCUGGACGGUUACAAGCUGACCUACUGCCAGCGAUCGACCGGUCGGCCGGACAACUGCACCACAGUGAAGCUGGACCGCUACGCCAACAAGCAUGUCAUCCAGAACCUGGUGCCCUACACGGAGUACAGCGUGAAGAUGCUCAUGUACUCCGAUUCGCGGGCCAGCAAGUACAGCGACGAGCUGGUCAACCGCACCGGCGAGGCGGCGCCCAGCCAGCCGCGGGAGCUGCAGCAGCUCCGGGUGACCAGCGCCAGCGUGGAGCUGGCCUGGAAGCCCCCGCUGCUGGCCAAUGGCGUGGUGCGCUCCUACGAGGGCACCUACCGCUCGCUCCGCGACAACGUCACCGAGUACUUCCGCGUGGGAGCCUCCACCGAGGAGCUGCUGGACAGGGAGAAGCCCAUCGCCUACACGCUGGGCAAUCUCACGGCAUUCACGCGCUACGAGGUGAGUGUGCGGGCCAGGACACUCUACCCCUCGGAGCCCAGCAAUGUGAUCUACCUCAGCACGGCCAUCGGAGUUCCAUCGCCGCCCACGCUGCUGGUGACCAACAACAAGGACCAGAGCUCACGACUUGUCUGGCAGGCGCCCAUGAUGCCGGCCGGUCGCAUUGAUUUCUAUGAGGUAUCGCUGCGUGACACCAAUGCCAGCUGCUUGUUCAGCACCAUCCUGCCGGGACGCAACCGCUCCUUCGUGAUGGCCACGCCGCGCUGCACCAGCCACAAUCCCUUUCAGCUGGCCGUGCGCGCCAUCAAUGUGGAGCAGCAUCCGCAGUUCGACGGACCGGAACCGCUGCCUCAGCUGAGCUCGCAGGGAUGUGAGGCCAGGACGGAUGCACUCAGCGAGGAGGAUCGGCGGCAGUUUAAGACAUACGCGGGAAACACGACCGCCUACCGGCUGUAUAGAUCCGAUUGGGGCGCCUACGGGUUCAUCUGCACGCCGGACACGCACAGCGUGAAGGCCAUGUACCAGACCAUCGAGGUGAGCGUGGCCAUCCUGGUGCUGGGCGUCAUCUUCUAUCUGGUGUACAAGAAGUACCGCAAGAUGUCCGACAUCGAUCUGGUGCUGCCGCAGGGCAUAAUGGAGACCCUGAAGAAGCCCAUGGACAUGGGUGGCCUGGGAUUGGGCCUGGGACCGGACUCCUCCGUCAGCGGUGGGAUCGUUUGCACCCGGGUGGACGAUACGCCGCAGUACACGCCGCAGGAUCAUCUGCCGCACGACUUUAGCAGUUGCGGCAGCGAGAGCUCCAAACUGCUGCGCACCCAAUCGUCCUUCAACGGCAGCGGCUGUGGGGAUCGCGAUGGCUACGAAGACCACCAGUUAAGGGGGGGGCCGAUGACCAUAACUGGUCCGCCCACCAGCUACCUGGCCAUGCGGCACGGCCUUCUCGUCCAGAACGACAUGGAGCGGGAAAGUGAUCGCGAACAGGCGAGGGAACGGGAAAGGGAACGGGAGCAGCAGCAUCAGCGGGAGAGCGACUUGGACAGGGAGCAGGAGCACCAGAGAAGCACCACCACAACCACCACCACCAACGGUUACAUCAAGCCCACCCAGAUGAAGAGCUGGACCGAUCCGGCCAACGCAAUGCCCGCUCCUCCGAUGUCCUUGCCACUCAGCGGUUACGUGCCAGUGCCAGUGCCGAUUCCGCAUCCGCGCUUCAAUCCAGCUCCAGCACAAGCUCAAGCUCCAGCUCCCUCCGCCGCCGCCGCCGCCGCUGCCUCCACCUUUUUCCCGCCAGCCCAUCUGCUCAACAUGGACAACUAUGUGCAGGCCUCGGACUUGCACAAGCUGAAGCCCCUCGUCGCAGCACCCUUGCCGCCGCCGCAAUUAUCUGGAGGAGGAGGAGGAGUAGGAGUAGGAGUAGGAACAGUCUUGACGGGGGGACCCUCGCCAACGGGAGCAGCGACCACGCCAUUGCCGUUCCAGCUGCCGCCAGUCGGCGCAGUCGGAGCAGCUGGGCAGACAACUGCAAAACUGCCCUCGCCCAAGCUGGCCGACAUUGGCUACACCACCAUGGAGCAGCUGCAGCGCACCGGGCUGAUAAAGCCACCGUUGGCCGCCGCCGUGGGAUCACCGACGCACGUCGCCGGAGGAGCGACAGCCAGCGGCAACCAUCCACACGGCCGUCACCAGCCACAGAUCAACGGCUAUGUGACGCCCCAGGACCUGAACGCCCUGGCUCACAAUCGGCACGUCCUCUAAGGAACAGGAGUAGUGCACCCACUCACGACGUGACAUUUUAUCAGCCCGUCGCAUUCGCAUCCACAUCCACAUCCAUCAUUCAACUCAUCAACCAUCUGUAUCUGUAUCUGUAUCUGUACCCGUAUCCGCAUCUGCAUCUGCAUCCGCAUCUGCAUCCCCUUCCAACGCCAUGUCAUCGGAUCACCCCGGAUCACAGGGAACCCGGACAAAAGGAACCUAGAAACUAGCAACUUGAACCUGGAACCUGGAACCUGCAACUUGGGCAGCUGUUUAAUAGUAAUUAGUGGAAACUCCUUAUCCUCGGACAAAUGCAGUUUCUUCGUUUGUAAUUUAUAUUGUAUUCUUUGCGAUGCGUGUGAGCAGAAAGUAUUUGUAACGCUGUAGUAUUUUUUUAUAUUUUUCGUACUGUACACCAACUUAACCAUCCACGCGUCAAGCAGAUCGAGCUUAUAAUUAAUAAUUAAUAUUUUAAUAACCUAUGUAAACCAUACAUACGCACAUAAAGAUAAUUUUAAAUAA